AUGUUGCCCGGAAGGGUCCAGCCCUUUUACGUGCCUGGAGUUGCUCCAAUGAACUUCCACCAGAACAGUGCUGUAGAGAUUAAGGUAAGCUAAACAACCAUACCUUUGGCUUAGUUCUAGCCCUCUUCUGCUUAAUCGGGUAUCUAAUACUCAACUCUUUUGGCUGUGUGCCAUGCCUUGGCUCUUUGUGGAUUUACUAAGUUAGCAUUGUUUAGUUUUCUGGGUAUGAUUGAACUGUGUUAAAGCCUAAGCUUGAUAGAUGGACAAAAGCUUGUUAGCUCCAAGGUUUUCCAAGGCAGGCUGAGGUGGAUACUAGUAUUGUUUGUGUAGCCUGUUGGCAUACGGUUAGCAGGUCAGUCAGUCACUCAAAUGAAUGGGCACAUUGAUUUCCCCCAGGCCGUGAAGCUGACCAGCUCCCGGACACAGCUUCCCUAUGAAUACUAUUCCCUGCCCUUCUGUCAGCCUGAUAAAGUGGUCUACAAAGCAGAGAACCUGGGUAAGGAAGCCACUCCCUCUGCUCUCCUCUCAUGCAGAAGUGUUGUUCUAUGCGUCUUGUCGUUGUUUGGAAGGUUUACAGUGUUUCCUUGUGUACUGUGUUGUAAUGCAUUGAUUUGUGUUGUCUUUGUAUGUGAUUCAUAAUAAGCUGUUGCACCUAAAGGCACACACCAGGAACUCAUACUAACAUUGUCAUUCACUGUGUGUGUGUGCAGGGGAGGUGCUACGCGGGGACCGUAUUGUCAACACCCCCUACUCGGUUCUCAUGACCCAGGACAGGAAGUGUGAGGUGGUUUGUGCCAAGCUGAAACUCAGCGUGCAGCAGAGCAAGCUGGUGGCUGAGCGCAUCCUGGAGGAGUACUAUGUUCACCUGUGAGUGCCCUCCUUCCUUUCCUCAUUACUCUCUCUCUCUCUCUCUCUCUCCAUUAAUCAGGUAACAUGAAUCAGGUAAAAUGCUGCUAUAGGCUCCAUGUUAAUCCUCCCUAUAAACUCCGUCAGCAUUGCAGACAACCUCCCAGUGGCCACUCGGCUGGAGUUCUACCCCAACAGAGAGGCAGGGGCUGAGGAGGAGAAGGAUGUGGUGAAGGGUGUUCAGUUUGAACAUGGCUACAGACUGGGCUUCACUGACAACGGCAAGGUACAGAACCUCCUUACCAGGGCCUAGCUAAAGCAUGGAGAGAGAGUAUGGACACAUCCGUAUGAGAUUAGGGGAGUGGGAACUCUGACUCUUGUGUCUAUUAUAUAACAGCUCUUGUUGUCCUGUAGAGUUAUCUUUAAGGUAUGAACCUUUGCAUUCUGUUGUCUCUCUCUACUAUAGUUCUACCUACACAUCUACCUGUCCUACAUUCUGUUGUCUCUCUCUACUAUAGUUCUACCUACACAUCUACCUGUCCUACAUUCUGUUGUCUCUCUCUACUAUAGUUCUACCUACACAUCUACCUGUCCUACAUUCUGUUGUCUCUCUCUACUAUAGUUCUACCUACACAUCUACCUGUCCUAAAUUCUGUUGUCUCUCUCUACUAUAGUUCUACCUACACAUCUACCUGUCCUACAUUCUGUUGUCUCUCUCUACUAUAGUUCUACCUACACAUCUACCUGUCCUACAUUCUGUUGUCUCUCUCUACUAUAGUUCUACCUACACAUCUACCUGUCCUACAUUCUGUUGUCUCUCUCUACUAUAGUUCUACCUACACAUCUACCUGUCCUAAAUUCUGUUGUCUCUCUCUACUAUAGUUCUACCUACACAUCUACCUGUCCUACAUUCUGUUGUCUCUCUCUACUAUAGUUCUACCUACACAUCUACCUGUCCUACAUUCUGUUGUCUCUCUCUACUAUAGUUCUACCUACACAACCACCUGUCCUACAUUCUGUUGUCUCUCUCUACUAUAGUUCUACCUACACAUCUACCUGUCCUACAUUCUGUUGUCUCUCUCUACUAUAGUUCUACCUACACAACCACCUGUCCUACAUUCUGUUGUCUCUCUCUACUAUAGUUCUACCUACACAACCACCUGUCCUUCAUCAUCUACUACCACAAGGAGAAGGUGGAGGAGGAGGAGGAGCACAACUACAGAGUUGUACGUUUUGAGGUGGUUCCCCAGAGUGUCAAGGUGGAGGGUAAGUUGAGGUGGUUCCCCAGUUACACAGCGCCCUGUCCUGUCCGAGGUAGAAACGGUUCAUUCCAGCCCAAUAAACACAGUGACAAGCGUUAGAAAAUACAGUGCGUUUCAAUCCUUCUCCUCCUAUUUGUUAAUUGUCUGUCUGGAUCCCUCUGCAGACCUGAAGGCUGAUGAUAAGGGGGCGUGUACCCUGCCUGAGGCCACUAACUCCGCUCCUCAGGAGAUUGACCCCUCCAAGGAGAAUGAGGUUCUCUUCACCUACUCCGUCCGCUGGGAGGUAAGUGUCACGGACCUUCUCUUCAUGUUCACAUCAAAGAUUUAGAGUUGUUCUCUGUAAAGUGUUGGGAUGCACUUUAAAUAGAAUGGGACUUGACUUGGCUGGUACAUUGUUGAUAGAGGACCUCUUCACUGAGGAAUGUGGUUAUUUAAGAUGUUUUUUGGUAUAAUUUUCUUUGUUUGCUAGGCUCCUGCCUCGAUUUUGUAAUAGCUUGUCUUCUAAUGCAAGGUUCUUGAGACAAAGAGACCUUGGUCUCAUUGGGACUCUGCCUAAAGAAAUAUAAAUGGCCCGACUUGACCCCCUGUUUGUCUCUCCCCCGGUAGGAGAGCCAGGUGAAGUGGGCAUCCCGCUGGGACACCUACCUGACCAUGAGUGACGUGCAGAUCCACUGGUUCUCCAUCGUCAACUCAGUGGUGGUGGUCUUCUUCCUCUCCGGCAUCCUCAGUAUGAUCAUCAUCAGGACCUUGAGGAAGGACAUCGCCAACUACAACAGAGAGGAUGACAUAGUAAGAGACCCCACUUACUCUGCUAAAUAUGACGUGGCUUUGGCAUUUGACAGCACUUUGUGUGUGUGUGUGGCUGCAGCUGGAGGGAGAGUCUCAUUUACAUAAGUGUGACUGAAGAGAUUAGGAUUUAAAAUGUGGCAUGUGUUCACCCUCUAAAGAAGAGUAUUUGCUUCUUCAUGUUGUGUGAAUUCAUGUGGGUAGUGUGUCUGUAAAAUAUCUUGACUAAUGCCAAUCUUCGCUAGGAGGACACCAUGGAGGAGUCAGGCUGGAAGAAUGUCCAUGGUGACGUGUUCAGACCUCCACAGUAUCCCAUGAUCCUCAGCUCUCUGCUGGGCUCAGGCAUACAGCUCUUCUGCAUGAUCCUCAUCGUUAUCUGUGAGUGUGCCGUAAACAGACUUCUAGAACCUCGUUUCAAAAGCACUCUGCCAUUUUCAUCGAAAGGAAUUGUAAUCUUUGGAUAUGGUCCGUCCACCACAGCUGGAGAUGAAAGCGUGGUAUUGUGUCACUGUGACAUGGGGCUGAAGCUGCUGUGUUUGUCUGUCCUGUAGUCGUGGCCAUGUUGGGGAUGCUGUCUCCUUCCAGUAGAGGGGCGCUGAUGACCACUUCCUGCUUCCUGUUCAUGUUCAUGGGGUAAGACGAGAGAGAGUCACCCUCCUUAUGUCUCUGGCCCAAUCCCAAAUGGACCCCUACACCCUAUGCGCCCUCCUUAUGUCUCUGGCCCAAUCCCAAAUGGACCCCUACACCCUAUGCACCCUCCUUAUGUCUCUGGCCCAAUCCCAAAUGGACCCCUACACCCUAUGCGCCCUCCUUAUGUCUCUGGCCCAAUCCCAAAUGGACCCCUACACCCUAUGCACUUGUGGAGAUCUGAGAGUAUUUGAUCAGUAUAAGCAAUAUGGUGAAACUUCCACCAAGCCUAUCAAAGGGCAUGGUGCAGCGAUUUACCAUAUUGCUUACACCUGACAAAUCCUCUCAAAUCUCCACAAGUAAAUAGGGCGUAGGGGUCCAUUUGGGAUUGGGCCAGAGACAUAAGGAGGGCGCAUAGGGCGUAGGGGUCCAUUUGGGAUUGGGCCAGAGACAUAAGGAGGGCGCAUAGGGUGUAGGGGUCCAUUUGGGAUUGGGCCAGAGACAUAAGGAGGGGGCAUAGGGCGUAGGGGUCCAUUUGGGAUUGGGCCUCUGUCUGUAAACUGUGGGAGAGGCAUCAGUAUGACUGGGUUUUCUCUUCCAGUGUGUUCGGUGGAUACUUUGCUGGCAGGCUCUACCGCACGCUGAAAGGUCAUCGGUGGAAGAAGGGAGCUUUCUGUGUGAGUAUUUCAAACGAAUGCUAUCAAUGACUAAUGGCAUAUUUUUUUUCUAAUCAAACUUGGUGUCCUGUUGUUGCCUACUAUUCAUGUGUGACUGUGUGUUUCUGUUCUGCCUGCAGACGGCCACUCUGUACCCUGCCGUGGUGUUCUGCAUCUGCUUCGUUCUCAACUGUUUCAUCUGGGGAGAGCACUCGUCUGGAGCGGUGAGCUAGCUAUUCUCCUACAUACGGACAUCUCUGUAUAUCAACACAUUCAGUCUAUAUGCUCACUGUAUAACAACAUCAACACAUUCACUAUUUAUAGGCUCACAUCAACACAUUCACUAUCUAUAGCAGGGAUGGGCAACUGGCGGGCCGCGUGCUGGGGUGGGUGGGAGGGGGAGGGGGGGGUGUGAGAGUGCUGCAGCUGAGUCACGGAAACACAGCAUCACGCGGCGCACGUCGUGACCACUUUUUUACCAGUUGUAGGUAGACUAUUUAGAUCGAUCAUUAUUUAGACAGCCUUUUUCCAUAAAACAUAUUCACGCGCUAGAACUGAUAACGGCGACAAAGCAUUGGAAAAGUACUUUAGGCACACUAGAGCGCUUUAGAUACAUUCGCUCAGAGGUGGUUUUAAAGUAAACUGCGUUCUAAUGUCGACUUUUCUCAUGGAUAUACCGUAUCAAGCGAAGGGUUUUACUCAUGCUCAGUUCUAGGAUCUGGAGUGCUGCGCGAGUGGACAUUUUGAAAUGGAAGUUAUGGAACUCCCUCGUGCGCUUGUGUUAUGGGGGAAAAAGUCCACGAUGAAAGUGACAUUGAAUGUGUAGAAUGAUAGGCUACAUUUGCGUCUGUUGGCCAUCCAAGUAGGCUAUUAAUUUCUAUGCCAUUUUAGGCAACUGUAGCCUACCAUUUGAUACGUAAAAAAACAGUAUGUUGAAAUGACGAUAUCGCUGGAGUCAAUGCAAAUCAAUUUGUGCCACUUGCGUAGCCUACCUGGAGCUGGCAAACAGAUGGAAUAAAUAGCCUAUAACUCAGUCUGUUGUAACGUUGUGUUAUUAUGCUAUUGUUAAUGGCCAUGUUUAAGUUAAUUAUAUUGGAAGUUAUCAAUUGUGAUCAUUGUCACAGCUCUAUCGCAAAUGUAUAAUUCCCCACAUUUAAUGUCAGUUUCAUUGUGGACUUUUCCCUGAAAUUAGAUGUAGGCCUAUCAGGGGCUAUAGGAUACCUGCAUCUAGCUCAGCAAACCAUGGCAACGUUGAAUUGCAAUUAUAAUUCCAGAUUUUAGUCAGUAGCCUAUGCCUAUUGAAAUAAGAAGUCAAUCUCGCAAAUAGGCCAUUUAUAAUGUUUGCAGUCUUAACAUCUGGCCAUUUAUAACGGUUUGUAGUCUUAACACCUGGCACAUAAUAACGGCAUAAUUACCAGAAAAUAUCCUAACAUUCGUUUUUUUUUUAAGUUCGUCCAAGUGUUUCUUGCACAGAGAUUUCGAGAUCCUCUGUCCAACUUUCAUCACUCAAACUCUCCUGUCGGAUUUAUCUAUAGUUAUGCACAUGCACAAACGGGAUUUAUUUACAAUUACUGUGGUUUGAGCCCUGUGAAUGCUGAUUGGUUGAAAGCCAUGGUAUAUCAGACCUGUACCAGUGGAAUUGGGUUAGACAUUUUAGCUAGACCUGGCAACCCAACAUCAACACAUUUACUAUCAAUAGGCUUACUGUAUAACAUCUAGAGCCCGACUGAUAAAUCCGUUGACGAUACUAUCGGCCGAUUUAUUAUUGGUUGCCUUAAGAAGCCGCUAAAUGAGCUGCUCAUUGAACAUCAUUCAGCCCUAGGUCACAACCUGAGAGAGUAGGCAUGGUGAUUUGACGGUUAGUAGCUUGCCACAGCCAGCAUAUAUUUGAAUAAGUAAAUAAUCAAAAGUACACUUCACCAAGCAAGCAACCCUGUCAUCACAUUCUCACUUAAUUAACCUUAGCUGGCUAGCUAGCCAGCAAGGUAGUAAACUUAGUUGUCUAGCCAGCAAGGUAGUUUCUAGCUUAGCUAGCAAUCUGUGCUACUUAUGUGUAAACGGUGGACUGUCGCCAAAGUGAACACUCGUCCUUGAUACAAAAAUAACACCGUUGCUGUCUGGGCCCAUUUAUGUUAGCUAGUGAGCUUAUGUAGUUAGUUUUCCGAAGUAUGCAAUCUGCAAAAAAACAAAACAUUUGGUGCAGAUCGAUCAUUCAGGCCAUGUGCUUGCAUUCAUGAUGAGAUAAGUAGCUAACGUUAGCUAGCUAGCUAAACCAGUGCCUUAAGUAUUUGCCUGCAUAAGCGUUUUCAGUCGUCGGCACAUCAGCCAGUUGAAGUUGAAAUUGAAUAACAGUGUACUGUGCAUAUGGUUUCUGUGAGGAAAACAUUGUCGUAAUGAACAGCUAGCUUGUGCUUUUCACAGGUUGCCACAAAGUGUUUGUUUACAUGACCUUUGACCGUUGUAAACACUGUAGUAGAUCUACUCAAGGCAAACGCUGAAACCUAGUGGUGACAUUACGAACGGAAUGUCAAAUCAAAUUUCAUUUGUCGCGUGCGCCGAAUACAACAGGUGUAGACCUUACCGUGAAAUGCUUACUGACAAGCCCUUAACCAACAUUGCAGUUUUAAGAAAAAUAAGAGUUAAGAAAAUAUUUACUAAAUAAACUAAAGUUAAAAUAAAAGAGCAAAUAGUCCGGGUAGCCAUGAUUAGCUGUUCAGGAGUCUUAUGGCUUGGGGGUAGAAGCUGUUGAGAAGUCUUUUGGACCUAGACUUGGCACUCCGGUACCGCUUGCCGUGCGGUAGCAGAGAGAACAGUCUAUGACUAGGGUGGCUGGAGUCUUUGACAAUUUUUAGGGCCUUCCUCUGACACCGCCUGGUAUAGAGGUCCUGGAUGGCAGGAAGCUUGGCCCCGGUGAUGUACUGGGCCGUACGCACUACCCUCUGUAGUGCAUUGCGGUCGAAGGCCGAGCAGUUGCCGUACCAGGCGGUGAUGCAACCAGUCAGGAUGCUCUCGAUGGUGCAGCUGUAGAACGUUUUGAGGAUCUGAGGACCCAUGCCAAGUCUUUUCAGUCUCCCUGAGGGGGAGUAGGCUUUGUCGUGCCCUCUUCACGACUGUCUUGGUGUGUUUGGACCAUGAUAGUUCGUUGGUGAUGUGGACACCAAGAAACUUGAAGCUCUCAACCAGUUCCACUACAGCCCGUCGAUGAGAAUGGGGGCGUGCUCAGUCCUCUUUUUUUUUCCUGUAGUCCAGAAGCUGUUAAGAAGCCUUUUGUACCUAGACUUGGUGCGCCGGUACCGCUUGCCGUGCGGUAGCAGAGAGAACAGUCUAUGACUAGGGUGGCUGGAGUCUUUGGCAAUUUUGAGGGCCUUCCCUCUGACACCGCCUGGUAUAGAGGUCCUGGAUGGCAGGAAGCUCGGCCCCAGUGAUGUACUGUGAACUUGUGAAGUCUGAUUGACUUUGAGACAAAAGUUUAAUUGAUUCAACCUGCCAUCCCUUGUGGUGGUUUAGCACAAACACUUUUGCAUACUUCUUAUCCACUGCCAUGCAUAGACACGCCAUACAUAGACACGCCAUACAUAGACACGCCAUACAUAGACACGCCAUACAUAGACACGCCAUACAUAGACACGCCAUACAUAGACACGCCAUACAUAGACACGCCAUACAUAGACAAGUUGCACCCAAGGUAAACCAAACAAGUUUUGUAUUUACUGUCGUAUUUAUAGAAGAUAUAGUUGCUUUUUGGUGGAUAUCCUGUAAACAACAAUGCUCUUAAAUUUAAUAUUAAUUUAAAUAUUUAGGUAAGAAAUCAUCAUUUAGAGUAUCUGUUCAUUAUUUGUGUAAAAAAAGGUAUGUUUUUCAUUCCACCUCUAGAAAACGAUAUAUCGGUCAUCUGUUACCUCCCUAAAAUUGGUAUCGGUAACGGACCCAAAUAUACCAUAUCGGUCGGUGACUAAUAACAUCAACACAUUCACUAUCUAUAGCAGGGUUCCUCAACUGGUGGCCCACGGGUGAUUUCGUUUUUAAUUAUUGGACAUAAAAUACUGUAAAAAACCCCAGCAAAUCAGCUAGUGAUUUUUUAAAUAUUGGAAAUAUGUUCCAAAGUAUUCCCAAGCUUAAUAGAGAGAUAUACACUGACUAUACAAAACAUUAAGAACUCUUUUCAUGUCAUAGACUGACCAGGUGAAUCCAGGUGAAAGCUAUGAUCCCUUAUUGAUGUCACCUGUUAAAUCCACUUCAAUCAGUGUAGAUGGAGAGGAGACAGGUUAAAGAAGGAUUUUUAAGCCUUUAGACAAUUGAGACGGAUUGUGUAUGUGUGCCAUUCAGAGGGUGAAUGGGCAAGACAAAAUAUUUUAAGUCCCUUUGAAGGGGGUAUGGUUGUAGGUGCCAGGCGCACUAGAUUGAGUGUGUCAAGAACUGCAACGCUGCUGGGUUUUUCACGCUCAACAAUUUCCUGUGUGUGUGUGAAGAAUGGUCCACCACCCAAAGGACAUCCAGCCAACUUGAUACAACUGUAGGAAGCAUUGGAGUCAACAUGGGCCAGCAUCCCUGUGGAACACUUUCAACACCUUGUAGAGUCCAUGCCUCGAUGAAUUUAGGCUGUUCUGAAGGCAAAAGGGGGGGAUGCAACUCAAUAUUUGGAAGGUGUUCCUAAUGUUUGUACACUCAGUGUACGUGAUUGUAUACAAAUGUAAGCAAGGUUUUAAAUUAUGUUUUAGUUCAAUGUUAUCUGUUUGGGCUUCUUGCGGUCAAUUUGCAGUAUACAAAUGAUUUGUAAUUAAGUUCCGGCCCCCUGACCAUCCUAUCAAGAAGAAAUCGGCCCGCGGCUGAAUCUAGUUGAAGAUCCCUGGUCUAUAGGCUCACUGCGUAUCAACACAUUCACUGUCUAUAGGCUCACUGCGUAUCCACACAUUCACUGUCUAUAGGCUCACUGCAUAUCAACAUAUUCACUGUCUAUAGGCUCACUGCAUAUCCACACAUUCACUGUCUAUAGGCUCACUGCAUAUCAACACAUUCACUGUCUAUAGGCUCACUGCAUAUCAACACAUUCACUGUCUAUAGGCUCACUGCAUAUCCACACAUCACUGUCUAUAGGCUCACUGCAUAUCCACACAUUCACUGUCUAUAGGCUCACUGCAUAUCAACACAUUUAUUGUCUAUAGGCUCACUGCAUAUCAACACAUCACUGUCUAUAGGCUCACUGCAUAUCAACACAUUCACUGUCUAUAGGCUCACUGCGUAUCCACACAUUCACUGUCUAUAAGCGCACUGCGUAUCAACACAUCACUGUCUAUAGGCUCACUGCGUAUCCACACAUUCACUGUCUAUAAGCGCACUGCGUAUCAACACAUUCACUGUCUAUAGGCUCACUGCAUAUCCACACAUUCACUGUCUAUAGGCUCACUGCGUAUCCACACAUUCACUGUCUAUAGGCUCACUGCAUAUCAACACAUUCACUGUCUAUAGGCUCACUGCGUAUCCACACAUCACUGUCUAUAGGCUCACUGCGUAUCCACACAUCACUGUCUAUAGGCUCACUGCAUAUCCACACAUUCACUGUCUAUAGGCUCACUGCGUAUCCACACAUUCACUGUCUAUAGGCUCACUGCAUAUCAACACAUUCACUGUCUAUAGGCUCACUGCAUAUCAACACAUUCACUGUCUAUAGGCUCACUGCGUAUCCACACAUUCACUGUCUAUAAGCGCACUGCGUAUCAACACAUCACUGUCUAUAGGCUCACUGCGUAUCCACACAUUCACUGUCUAUAAGCGCACUGCGUAUCAACACAUUCACUGUCUAUAGGCUCACUGCAUAUCCACACAUUCACUGUCUAUAGGCUCACUGCGUAUCCACACAUUCACUGUCUAUAGGCUCACUGCAUAUCAACACAUUCACUGUCUAUAGGCUCACUGCAUAUCAACACAUUCACUGUCUAUAGGCUCACUGCGUAUCCACACAUCACUGUCUAUAGGCUCACUGCGUAUCCACACAUCACUGUCUAUAGGCUCACUGCAUAUCCACACAUUCACUGUCUAUAGGCUCACUGCGUAUCCACACAUUCACUGUCUAUAGGCUCACUGCAUAUCAACACAUUCACUGUCUAUAGGCUCACUGCAUAUCAACACAUUCACUGUCUAUAGGCUCACUGCGUAUCAACACAUUCACUGUCUAUAGGCUCACUGCGUAUCCACACAUUCACUGUCUAUAGGCUCACUGCGUAUCCACACAUUCACUGUCUAUAGGCUCACUGCGUAUCCACACAUUCACUGUCUAUAGGCUCACUGCGUAUCAACACAUUCACUGUCUCUAGGCGCACUGCGUAUCAACACAUUCACUGUCUAUAGGCUCACUGCGUAUCCACACAUUCACUGUCUAUAGGCUCACUGCGUAUCCACACAUUCACUGUCUAUAGGCUCACUGCGUAUCAACACAUUCACUGUCUAUAGGCUCACUGCAUAGCAACACAUUCACUGUCUAUAGGCUCACUGCGUAUCCACACAUUCACUGUCUAUAGGCUCACUGCGUAUCCACACAUUCACUGUCUAUAGGCUCACUGCGUAUCCACACAUUCACUGUCUAUAGGCUCACUGCGUAUCCACACAUUCACUGUCUAUAGGCUCACUGCGUAUCAACACAUUCACUGUCUAUAGGCUCACUGCGUAUCCACACAUUCACUGUCUAUAGGCUCACUGCGUAUCCACACAUUCACUGUCUAUAGGCUCACUGCGUAUCCACACAUUCACUGUCUAUAGGCUCACUGCGUAUCCACACAUUCACUGUCUAUAGGCUCACUGCGUAUCAACACAUUCACUGUCUAUAGGCUCACUGCGUAUCCACACAUUCACUGUCUAUAGGCUCACUGCGUAUCAACACAUUCACUGUCUAUAGGCUCACUGCGUAUCCACACAUUCACUGUCUAUAGGCUCACUGCGUAUCCACACAUUCACUGUCUAUAGGCUCACUGCGUAUCAAGUUCAAGUUUCAACUUUAUUUGACCCAGAGAGGGCAAUUGGUUUUGCACCAGAGGAGCACAUGAGACAUAGAAAACAUGUAAAAAUCCACAUGCGUUACAAUUGAACACAGUGAUACUGAGUACACAUAGCCACUGUAUAUCAUCAACACAUUGUCUAUCACCCUCAGAACAAGGACAGAUGUCACAGUAUAUGGACUAUAUCAAUCAGUGAUGUCUUCUACCCCCCCCCCUCCUCAGGUCCCCUUCACCACCAUGCUGGCUCUACUCUGCAUGUGGUUCGGUAUCUCCAUGCCCCUGGUGUACCUGGGCUACUACUUUGGCUUCCGCAAGCAGCCGUACGAUAACCCUGUCCGCACCAAUCAGAUCCCUCGCCAGGUGCCCGAGCAGCGCUGGUACAUGAACAAGUUUGUGGGGUGAGUGUCCUGUCAAGCCUGCCUACUGCUCUGCUCUGGAGCAAUCAGUGUAUAACUCGUCUUUUGUGUGUAACGUCCUCUCAUAUACGCUCGUAGAAGUUGAUUAAACACAGUCAUUAAGACUCCUGAGUGGCGCAGUGGUCUAAGGCACUGCAUCGCAGUGCUAACUGUGCCACUAGAUCCUGGUUCGAAUCCAGGCUCUGUCGCAGCCGGCCGCGACCGGGAGACUCAUGGGCGGCGCACAAUUGGCCCAGCGUCGUCCAGGGUAGGGGAGGGAAUGGCCGGCAGGGAUGUAGCUCAGUUGAUAGAGCAUGGCGUUUGCAACGCCAGGGUUGUGGGUUCGAUUCCCACGGGGGGCCAGUAUAAAAAAAAUAUGUAUUCACUAACUGUAAGUCGCUCUGGAUAAGAGCGUCUGCUAAAUGACUAAAAUGUAAAUGUAAAUGUAAUACACUGCAUUUGGAUUAACAGUGUUUUAAUAAAUUUUCUCUUUUCCCUUUCCAAAGAAUUCUGAUGGCUGGGAUUCUACCGUUUGGUGCCAUGUUCAUUGAGCUCUUCUUCAUCUUCAGUGUGAGUAGAAGUCCUCUCCUAUAGGCUGUUUGAAUUUCCAGGUGAACAUAAAGGAGAGCAGUCGUUGGUAAAGUCAAUCAGAAAUCAAUCCAGUGUGUUUAUAUUAUGUAAAUAUGCCACCGUACUGUAUGGUGUAUGCUCCGACCCGUUUAGCUUUAUAAACUAAAUGUAUCCCCUAUCAAUUCUUAUGAUCGACAAUAACUUUUGAACAUCAGAUCGGCAGUUACUAACCUCAAUUCCGGCUUCGACUCAUCUGCCCUGGGUUCUUUGUGUACCGUUGACCCAAUCUUUUGGGCUAGUCGAGAGGAAACGCAGGCGAAACAAAAGGCAGGAGAGCGGGCGUCCUGUUGAGACUGUUGAGACAAUAUUCAGUCACUUGAUAAUAAAAUGGAUGACCUCCAUGAACAUUCAAUUCUCUGGCAUCAGUUCUGGUGGAAAUUUCUGCAGUCAGCAUGCCAAUUGCACACUCCCUCAACUUGAGACAUCUGUGGCAUUGUUGUGUGACAAAACUGCACAUGUUAGAGGCCUUUUAUAGUCCCCAGCACAAGGUGCACCUGUGUAAUGAUCAUGCUGUUUAAUCAUCUUAUUGAUAUGCCACACCUGUCAGGUGGAUGGAUUAUCUUGGCAAAUGAGAAAUGCUCACUAACAGGGAUGUAAACAAAUAUGUGCACAACAUUUGAGAGAAAUAAGCCUUUUGUGAGUAUGGAACAUUUUGGGGUUCUUUUAUUUUAGCUCAUGAAACAUGGGAACAACACUUUACAUGUUGCAUUUAUAUUUUUGUUCAGUAUAUAUUACCAUAAGUAUUUAUAUAUACCACUUUUCAGAUAAAUGUAUAUCUUACUACUAAGUCACUUUUUAUGGAUAAGCCCACCUCAACCACUCCAGUACCCCUGCACAUUGAAUAAGGUACUGACCUGUAUAUACAACAACUCCAGUACCCCUGCACCUUGAAUAAGGUACUGACACUGACCUGUACAUACAACCACUCCAGUACCCCUGCAGUAAAGUAAUAGUAAAAAUAAAGAAAAACCGUUGAAUGAGUAGGUGUUCUAAAACUUUUGACCGAUUUUUAGUGUAUAUCCUAAUCAAAAAGCCGCAAAUGUUCUCCAAACACCAGCCUAUAAGGCGGUGACUUUGCCAGCUGCUACAGAAUAGCACAGUGUUCAUAGAAUGUCAUCAAUACAACGGUGAAUAAUCAGUGUGUCCUUGUACCUCCAGUCUCUGGUGUCAAUCACCAUCAACAGAUAUGAGAACGAUCCGUAACCCGCACCUCGAGUGUCACAAAUGGAACACUGGAAAUGGUGUGUUACAGACACUCCAAAUAUGUUAAACAUUGUGUUGAUCAAAUAUGAACUUAGUCGUCUUUAAAUAUUCCCAUUACACCUGUACAGUACUGCUGAUCUGCUACCUGGGCUGUUUUCAAUGUUGUGAAAAGUUCAGAUAUAAAUAUAUUAUGUACAUCUAACAUGCCUCUGACCUAAGAAGAAAAUUGUAUCACGUAGAAUAAGCAAUCAAAUCAGCUCUAUACGUGGCAUUUCUACGUUUGCACACUGUACGUGGCUCUGAUCCGCUGUAUGUGUUCUGAGUCUAACCCAGGUUGUCUCUGCUGUAUGUGUUCUGAGUCUAACCCAGGUUGUCUCUGCUGUAUGUGUUCUGAGUCUAACCCAGGUUGUCUCUGCUGUAUGUGUUCUGAGUCUAACCCAGGUUGUCUCUGCUGUAUGUGUUCUGAGUCUAACCCAGGUUGUCUCUUAUGUAUGUGUUCUGAGUCUAACCCAUGUUGUUUCUGCUGUAUGUGUUCUGAGUCUAACCCAGGUUGUCUCUGCUGUAUGUGUUCUGAGUCUAACCCAUGUUGUCUCUGCUGUAUGUGUUCUGAGUCUAACCCAUGUUGUCUCUGCUGUAUGUGUUCUGAGUCUAACCCAGGUUAUUUGCUGUGUGUUCUGAGUCUAACCCAGGUUAUUUGCUGUGUGUUCUGAGUCUAACCCAGGUUAUUUGCUGUGUGUUCUGAGUCUAACCCAGGUUGUCUCUGCUGUAUGUGUUCUGAGUCUAACCCAGGUUGUCUCUGCUGUGUGUUCUGAGUCUAACCCAUGUUGUCUCUGCUGUAUGUGUUCUGAGUCUAACCCAGGUUAUUUGCUGUGUGUUCUGAGUCUAACCCAGGUUAUUUGCUGUGUGUUCUGAGUCUAACCCAGGUUAUUUGCUGUGUGUUCUGAGUCUAACCCAUGUUGUCUCUGCUGUAUGUGUUCUGAGUCUAACCCAGGUUAUUUGCUGUGUGUUCUGAGUCUAACCCAUGUUGUCUCUGCUGUAUGUGUUCUGAGUCUAACCCAGGUUAUUUGCUGUGUGUUCUGAGUCUAACCCAGGUUAUUUGCUGUGUGUUCUGAGUCUAACCCAGGUUAUUUGCUGUGUGUUCUGAGUCUAACCCAGGUUAUUUGCUGUGUGUUCUGAGUCUAACCCAGGUUAUUUGCUGUGUGUUCUGAGUCUAACCCAGGUUAUUUGCUGUGUGUUCUGAGUCUAACCCAGGUUAUUUGCUGUGUGUUCUGAGUCUAACCCAUGUUGUCUGACUGUACAUGGCUCUAGUCUACGGGGGUAUUGUCUGACUGUAAGCUGUCCUCCCUCUGCAGGCCAUCUGGGAGAACCAGUUCUACUACCUGUUUGGUUUCCUCUUCCUGGUGUUCAUCAUCCUGGUGGUGUCCUGCUCCCAGAUCAGUAUCGUCAUGGUCUACUUCCAGCUCUGUGCAGAGGUGAGUUGUGUGGGUGUGUAAAUUGGGCUUUGCAUAGUAAAAGCAUUGAGUGUGUGAAUAUUAAGUUCUCAAACACAGUAGUUCAGAUAGAAAAGACAGGAGGUCUGGUAGCAUAAUGGGUGGUCUGCCCCUCUAGUUGUGACAUCACAGACACACAAACUGUCUCUGUCUUUUUUAUUUAACCUUUUAUUUAACUAGGCAAGUCAGUUAAGAACAAAAUUCUUAUUUACAAUGACGGCAACGUGUAAAGUGUGUCUCCUGCAGGACUACCGGUGGUGGUGGAGGGCCUUCCUGGUCUCAGGGGGCUCAGCCUUCUACGUCCUUGUUUACGCCGUUUUCUACUUUGUCAACAAGGUAAACGUCGAAGACGUAUCGAGAUGGGACGUUUUGAAUAAGGUUGUUUAGCAUGCUUAGACUGGGGUGGUAGCUGUCUAAACGUGUGUUUCUGUCUUCCAGCUGGACAUUGUGGAGUUUAUCCCUUCCCUGUUGUACUUUGGUUACACGGCUCUCAUGGUCCUGUCCUUCUGGCUCCUUACGGGGACAAUCGGCUUCUACGCAGCGUACAUGUUCAUACGGAAGAUCUACGCUGCCGUCAAAAUCGACUGA